AAUCCUUCCAACACUCGACUACUUCGCCCGCAUCCCCAGGUUCUAUACAUCUGUCGCGCUCUCUCCCCUUUCUUCCUGCGUCUUUUCAGGUUUUUUUCAUAAGCGCAAUAUUUUGCGCAUCCACUCGUUUUCCUGAAAGCGACACUUACCUUAAUCAACCCGAUAUGACGGAUCGCGUACCUGAAGGCGCACCGCACGCCCCCCUCGACGAAGCUCCCAUUCCGAACAAUGGCGCGCAACCCGCGACACCUGGAUUGAUACGACGACUCGACGCCGCAGAAGAGCUAUGGGUAUGGAAACUGGGUCUAAGGGCGCUGGCGGUUCUCUUGGCCGUGAUUGGAAUUGGCUGCAUGGCGUGGGUAUUCGCAACGAGACCACGGUACGACUUGGAUCGGCCCAUGAUCGGAUACGACGACUCCUACGGCGUCUGGACGCUCGUGACGUUCACUGUCUCUGCCGUCUGGUGCACCACCUGCAUCCUCGUCUUGCUCCUCCGCCGUCCGAACAAACCUGUCCAUCCCGGCGCCGCGGUCGGCAUCGACCUCGUGCUGUGGCUCUCGUACAUCCCGACCGCCAUGCUUGCGCUUUACGAUCUCCUCGACCUCGUGCGGUGGGGCUCGUACGGUUACAUUGAGACAUAUGGUCUUGGUGGUGAUUACAAACAAGCGCCGAACGGGACGUGGGUGUGGGUUCAGGACCAGUACGACUCGUACUAUGGCAGGAACAGGGAGUGCGACGGGCGAUACUCUGCGUUCGAGAACUGCGCCGAACAAGACGCUUUCAUCAACCAACUCUACCUUGCAAAAGCGCAUCGCGAGGCCGUUGAGAAAGUCGGCGUGGCGUGUCAAUUCAUCAAUCUGGCGCUGCAUCUCGCGCUCUUCAUCUGGGCGUGCGUGGAUACGCACCGCAGGAACCGGCGCAAGGUCCACAAGGAUGCGGAGAAGCUGGCGUCGGAUAUCGUCAUGAAGAUGAUCAGGAGUGGUGCGGUUGUGCCGGCGCAGAACCAGGGCUCCAUGCAGCAGCCGUUGCUUCAGAAUCCACACAUGCAUCAGCAAAGCUGGGGCCCCGCGCCGGUGAUGCCUCCACCGGCAGUGCUUGGCCAGGAGAAGGGGGAGGCGGCGAGGUAUGGGUGAAAAGUGAAUGAAUGGAUUAAGGAUUGGGAUGAUAUGAUCAGUGUACUUACUAUGUACGCUACCUAAUGUUUUCUAUGUAAUAUGCUGUGGGCCUGGGAAUAAAGACGGGCCUCGUGUGAUUCCUCUGUCCGCUCAGUGCCAUUUCACGUCUUGAGUACAGUCUCCCCCAUCUUAUUAUCACUGUUCGAUCGAUCUAUAUGUAGAUACAAUGUCCGAUCUCGCAAAGUCGAUACC